AUGGGGUACCAAAUGCGCAGGCUCAAUGAGAUGGAUGGAUGCUACGUCCCUUUUCCGGCAGCACCUGCACAAUCCACCAGGAAGUGUGGCGCGAUAAAUCCUGAAGUAUUAAUCCCUUGUAGGCUACCAGGAGGAAGGAGACAGGAAUUAGCAUGCAUUGCCCAUGGGAUUCGGUUAUUGUACACCUUUUCUAAUAUACACAUCGUUUAGUUCGGUGCUACGCAAUUCAUGCAGGGUAAACUAACACCGUCAACUCCCUGCAAGUUUGGGUUAUUGUUUUCUUGUGGUGUAGCGUUGAGCUCUUCGCAAAUCUAACCCUUGCCUGCAAUGGGAUGCUGCGGUAGUACAGAGAGGACAAAGAGAGAAUGGAAACCUUUAGAGGAUCGAAGUUGCACGGAUCUGCCGUGGUUUCUUUUGUUCACUGUGUUCUGCGUCGGCAUGGGGAGCAUCUGUGGGUUCACCAUCGUGUCUGGGGGGGCCUCGCGCCUCGUCUUCGGGUAUGACAGCUACGGGAACACGUGCGGCCAGCGCAACGAGCAGAUCGAAGGAGUCCGGCUGAGCGGCCUCGAUCAGACUGACAAAAAGUAUGUGUUCUUCCUGGACCCCUGCAACAUCGACAUAGUGCAGAGAAAGAUCAAAUCCAUGGCCCUGUGUGUCUCCCUGUGUCCCUAUGAAGAGAUGAAGACCUACGACCACCUCAAGAGGUUUGCGAUGCAAAAUGGGUCUGAACUGUGUUCCUAUGAACUGGCCGGUCAUAAAUACCCAGGACAUCCUGACAGAUUCGACAAAUGUCCCAAACUUCCCGUCCCACCCAGCAAAGCGUUGCCCGUGUUCAACCGCUGCACGCCAGUGGACAUCUCCUGCUACGCAAAGUUCGCCGAGGCGGUGGUGACCUUCGUGAGUGACAACAGCAUGCUGCACAGGCUGAUCGCGGGCGUGAUGGCCAGCAAGGAGAUCAUCGUGGGCCUCUGUCUGUUGGCACUAGUUCUGUCCAUGAUCCUGAUGGUGAUCAUCCGCUACAUCUCUGCCGUGCUCGUCUGGAUCCUCACCGCCCUCGUGGUGCUGGGCUCCCUGGCGGGCACCAGUGUUCUGUGGUGGCUGUACAUCGACCACCGGUUAACGGGCAACAACACGUCCACGAAGGAGGCCAAGGAGGAAGCCAGGGAGGAAGAAGAGGUGACCAGGGACAACGUCCAAGGUCUGCUGGUGUACGCCAUCGCUGCCACAGUCUUCACCGUGAUCCUGCUGCUGCUGAUGCUAUUCAUGAGAAAGCGCGUGGCCCUCACCAUCGCCCUGUUCCACGUGGCUGGGAAGGUUUUCAUCCACCUGCCCCUGCUUACCCUGCAGCCCUUCUGCACCUUCCUGGCCCUGGUGGUCUUCUGGCUCUACUGGAUCCUGGUGCUGCUCUUCCUAGGGACCACCGGGAACCCGAUCCAGAACGAGGAGACAGGCCUUACAGAGUUCCGCCUGACGGGGGCGCUGCAGUACCUGACCUGGUAUCACGCCGUGGGCCUCAUCUGGAUCAGCGAGUUCAUUCUGGCCUGCCAGCAGAUGACCGUGGCCGGGGCCGUGGUCACAUACUACUUCACCAGGGAUAAGGGCCGCCUCCCGGUCACACCCAUCCUGUCCUCGGUGCUGCGCCUGGUGAGGUACCACCUUGGCACGGUGGCCAAAGGCUCCUUCAUCAUCACCCUGGUGAAGAUCCCCCGCCUCCUCCUCAUGUACAUCCACAACCAGCUCAAAGGAAAGGAGAAUGCAUGUGCUCGCUGCAUGCUGAAGACCUGCAUCUGCUGUCUGUGGUGCCUGGAGAAGUGCCUCAACUAUCUUAAUCAGAACGCGUACGCGGCCACAGCCAUCAACAGCACCAGUUUCUGCACGUCUGCUCGCGAUGCCUUCGUCAUCCUGGUGGAGAACGCCCUGCGGGUGGCGGCCAUCAACGCCGUGGGCGACUUCGUUCUCUUCCUGGGCAAGGUCCUGAUCGUGACGUCCACGGCCUUCGCUGGCGUGCUGCUGCUGAACUACCAGCGGGACUACGCAGAGUGGGUGCUGCCCCUCAUCAUCGUGUGUCUGUUCUCCUUCCUGGUGGCCCACUGCUUCCUGUCCAUCUUCGAGAUUGUGGUGGACGUGCUCUUCCUGUGCUUCGCCAUCGACACCAAGUACAACGACGGCACUCCGGGGAGGGAGUUCUACAUGGACAAGGCCCUGAUGGAGUUUGUGGAGAACAGCAGGAAGCUGGAGCGCGUGGUGGAGCGUGGGAGGAGCCGGCCCAAAGAGGUGGUGUCGGAGGGGGCGGAGAUGAAACCCAUGGCCCCAGGAACAAGUUCAGCUUGACCAAAAUCACCAAAUGGGACUUUUUAAAAAGACAUUCCAAAAUGUUUAUUUUUACCAAUGUGUAACAUGUUUACUAUGGUUUCACUCAAGGGAAUACAAUAUUUUAAUAAGAAAUUGUAAAAAAAAAAAAUAACGAUGUAAUGAAGCACUUUAUAUUGAAGCGCUGCAUAUUUUAAAA